GGAAGGUUGAAGUUGGCAGAGUCAAAAUCUACGCCGGCGCGAACGAGGCUGGCUGAGACUGUGGCUGACUGGAAACUGUUUUGAGUAUUAAACUCGCGCAGGCCGCAAGUGGAAGCCAAGACUUUUCCUCCUAUUCAUCCAUCCAUCCAUCCAUGCAUACACAUUCCACCAUGUCCAAGGCACAGUUCUCCAACUACCCCGGCACCGAGAGCUUUGCCGAAACAUAUCACUACUCCCAAGCAGUCCGCAUCGGCAAUAUCCUGCGCAUCUCCGGGCAGGGCGGCUGGGACAAGGACGGCAAGGUCGCGGCCGACCCCAAGGAGCAGAUCUCCCUGGCCCUGCAAAACAUCCUCGCCGCCCUGCGCGCUGCCGAGCCGUCGGCGGGCUGGCACAACGUCGUUUCGGUGCGCAGUUUCCACACCGACAUUGCCGGGGCGUUUGAGGUGAUGACCAAGGCGUUCAAGGAGCUAGGCCCGGAUCACCGACCAACCUGGACCUGCGUAGAGGUCAGGCGGCUGGCUCUGGAGGAGAUGGUGGUCGAGAUUGAGGCCGAGGCUCUUAUCUAGGGGAGGACCGACUUGUGGGAUAUAGUCAUCAGCGGCAUGCUUUCGGAUUUACAGCGGCUUCGACCAAGCCCGGGUUUUCUCAUUGCCCUUACGCCAUGAUGAAGGAUCGAGAGACAGGGUGGAAGUGGUGCAGAGGCUGAACACUUAGGGCAGCCAUCGGGCGUGCGAGAUGAGAGGGAUGGAAGCAGAUGGCGGUGUAUUUACGGGAAUUAUCGACAACAUGGUCAUAUUUGUGGGGCGUCACGAUCGGGCAACGUGUUGAUCUUCUACUGUGCCCUUGCAGGAUCAGUCAGUUCAUUUCAGG